AUGCGCCCCUUCAUGACACCCGUGGAAGAUCAAGCCCGUGCCAUGUCCUGUGUGGCCAAUGCCGUUGUGGGUGGCUACGAGUACAUUAUGAAACGCAACGGCGUGGAAAUUGAUUUUUCCCGCCUCUUUGUCUAUUACAAUGCCCGUGUCAAGGCCAAGGAAGCGGAGGCAGCAGCUGCAGCCAAGGUGGAUCCUUGCCAGGAUGCUCCAACCGAUAGUGAGGACUCAGAUGACGAUGAAGAAGACGAUGCCCAGGAAACUGUCAAACUCACCGUGGAAGACGUCGUACGAAGUCUCCAGAUUGUCGAUGAACCAUUUGGUCCCGACUUUCUUGCCGGCUACGAUGCCCCCCAAGAUGUCCAAAUUUUUAGCUUGGAGGAAGCCAUUGUGUCCUUGUGCUUGAUCGGGUCCGCCGUGGAUGGAUACGACCAAGUCGAAUCCGAUGCUGUGGACAGUCUGUUUCCCCUCUAUGGCUUGAGUGUCGACGAAUGGCUAAAAAAAUUCAUGGCCCUCAAAAACUCGCAGGGAUUUGACGCUUGUCGUGCCGCGUCCGUUGCCAUUAUCUUGGCGCACAAACUCGUGCAACUGGGCGAAGAGCUCCACUUGUCCGAUGAGUUUGUGUCCAACGUGUUUGCCACGCUUUUGCAGGAAAAACCCGACACCAUCUCCUUGGCAUUGCCAGCGCCACUCCGGCUCCAUUCUCGUGGUGUGGCCGUGGAUCAGCUCCAGCAGCGCUUGGUGGAUCUGGGAUACAAUGUCCAGGUCAAGGGCUUCUUUGGAAAGCCCACCCGACGAGCCGUUCGCAAAUUCCAAAAGGACAAGGGCCUCAAACAGGACAGCAUCGUUGGACAGAAACGUGGGAUGCUCUCUUUGCUUGAGGAGGCGAUCCUGAUGAGAGAACUUGGCUGGCUGAUUCCCUGUGACUUCGUAUCCCCCUUCGUACGUGUACCGGCGUGUCUGUGA